AUGUCCUCCCAUUACAACACCGAGCCACCACCCACUGCCUCUGCCACUCUGCACACCACCGUCGGCCCCAUCCAGAUAUCCCUUUUCGCCAAACAGACCCCGCUCGCCUGCAAAAACUUCCUCCAGCACUGCCUAGACGGAUACUACACGAACACCACCUUCCACCGCGUCGUCCCCGGCUUCGUCGUCCAAGCCGGCGACCCCACGGGCACGGGAUCCGGCGGCUCCGCGAUCUACGACGAUGCCGAGUUCGAGCGCGAUCCGCGAGACCCCAGCCAGAAGAUCGUGUUUGGAGAUGAGAUCCACAGCCGGCUCCGGUUCAACCGGCGGGGGCUGGUGGGCAUGGCGAAGGGCGAGGACGGGAGGUACGGCAGCCAGUUUUUCGUCACGCUGGCGCGGGCGGAGAGGGAGUUGACGGGGACGUGUACCAUGUUUGGGCGAGUGGAGGGCGAUGGUAUCUACAAUAUUGUCAAGAUCGCGGAGGCGGAGCUGGUCGAGGGCACGGAGAGGCCGAUCUAUGCGGUAAAAAUCACGGGGUGCGAAGUCGAUGACUUGGGUCCUUUUGAGGGGCAGUUGAGGAAAAGAGAGAGGGUUGCUGUUGCGACGAAAGCGCCGGAGGACCGCAAGGAGGGCGUGAAGCGGAAGAAGAAGCAGGCCAAGACUGGAAAGGCAUUGUUGAGCUUUGGUGCGGGUGAGGAGGAGGAAGAGGAGGCGGCGCCGGCUCCGAAGUCCAGAAGGCCGAAAUUCAAUACGCGUCUGGUAUUUGAUAAUGGUAUUUCGGAGGAGAUCGAGAAGACGGAGGACUCUGCAUUGGCGAACAAGCACGAAGUUAAAGAGCCCAUACUCAAGUCUGUAGAGCGGAAAAUGCCUUCCAGGGACUUAGAGCUAUCUAAUACUCCUAUACCCCCUCCGACACCCAAAUCUCCACGCGCCAGCCGACGAUUAUCACGAGACGUCAACACCCAGCUUCCUCUCCCAGACCCAGAAAGCCCUCGUUCGGCAUCUUCUUCCCCCGAUAGCUCGCCCAGACCAUCGAAAGCUUCUAGAUUAAAUGAAGAAAUUGCGUCCCUCAAAGCAUCCAUGCGUCGAACGACGCAGGGUAAGUCAAACGAGCCCACGAAGCCAAAAUCAGCACUGGAGUCAUUGAUCCCUGAGAAUUCGAUACGGGGCCGCAAGCGCCCGACCAACGGAGCGGAUAUGAAUGGCAAAGCGCAUGAUCUCGAGUCGUUAAAAUGGUUUCACAACUUCAAAUCUCGCCUGGAAAAAGCAGACGGCCACGUGCCCAAAAAGGCACGGAGGUCUACAGUGAAAGACGCGUCCGCACCCUCCAAACCUCCGAAUACCUCUCAGAAGGCCGAUGCAGAAGCUAACAACGACGACGAUGAAGAAGAAGCCCAACUCUGCGACCUCCACUUCAUCGCCAACUGCCAAUCCUGCCAGGCCUGGGACGUCCCGGAUGGUAAGCCAGAUCAGGACGACGACGACGACAACGCGACCGACUGGAUGGCGCAUGCACUACGGUUUACCAAGGACACGCUGGGCAAGGACCAGACGUGGAAGCAGUCCCAUCGCGACGUGGAUUCCCUGGUGGUCAUCGAUCCGCGGCAGAAAGAGAAGGAGAUCCGGCAGGAUAUGACGGGCAGGGAGGCGGUGGGGCGGGAUCGGAAACGGGCGAGAGAGGCGGAGUGGGAGAGGAAGAAGGAGUGGGCGAGGAGGGAGACUCGUUCGUAA